GUGAUGCCGUUUUUAUAUAACAAACUGGCGAGUUCGGAGGAAGCGGCUCAGUGUCGUGUCUUCGCCUCAGUGAUGGAAUGUGUGUCUUUUCGUGAAAUACGUAACGUGAGCGCGUGAGAGCACCGAGGGCGGACAGCGCGCUUUGAGCGUGUGGCAGCGUCUCCGCCGGCACCGGCAUGUCAGCGCUUAACUCGGACACGGAGGAGCCCUUCGAGGACCGCGCGCCGUUCUUUGUAGCGCCGGCGCGCGCCGAGCGGGACGAGGGCGCGCUCGCCGAGCACCAGGAGCUCGUGCUGCGCCGCGCGGACGCGCUCGCGGCCCAGAACCGCCUCAAGGAGGCGCUUGACGUGGCGUCGGUGGCGCUGCGCUGCGGCUCCGCGGCGCGAGGCCGCCUGGGCGCGCUCGUGGACUGUCUGCUGCGGAACUUGAGGGAGUCGCGCGGCGAGGCGGAGCGCGAGCGCAGCAGCCGCCGGGCCUGCUGCUGCUCCGCCGUGACCGCCGCGGACCCGUUCAGCUGCCCGGGCUGCCGGGGCUUCCUGGGCGCGCCCGUGACCGCGCCCUGCGGACACUCGUACUGCCGCCGCUGCCUGGAGCGGGAGCGGCUCUCCAGGUGCCGCCUGUGCGGGGACGCGCUGCCGGCGGAGCUGCGCACCGCGGUGCUCCUCGGCGGCCUGCUGCGGAAGUGGUUCCCGGAGGAGGCGGAGCGGGCGCGGCGCGUGGCCGAGCUCGAGCAAGUCUGCGCGAGGAGGGACUUCGAGCAGGCGCUGCGGCUGGCGCACGAGCUCGUGCAGUCCGACCCCGGCGAUGCCCUGGCGCGAGUGUGCCGGGCCGAAGUGUACGCCGGGCUCAAGCAGUACUCGUCCGCGCUGGCGGACCUGGACGGGUUGUGUCCGAAGUCGACUGGCUGGCCGGAGGUCUGUUUCCGAAAGGCGAAGGUCCUCCAGGAGAUGGGCCAGGUGGACGAGUCCUUGCAGGUGUUUCUUCGGUGUCUCGCCCUGGACGACGACUUUGCUCCUGCCAAGAAGGAGGUGGAAAAGAUCCUGUGUGACCUGCUGUCACCCGCCAGCGACAGCGUCAAGGUGGGCCUGCGGGAGGCGGCGCUGGGCACCUCUCCUCACCUGCGGGGCAAGACGCAACUAGCCGCCGCCCCAAAACGGCCGGAGCAGCUGAAGGACGAGCAGGACGGCGGUCGCUCCGAGAGCCUGGAGCGCUCCAGGCUGAGCCGCACCCAGUCGUUGCGCUCCGGUGGGCCCGGUACCGAGGAGGGGCUGAAGCGGGUUUGCUCGGCCCCGCAGCUCGGUGGCCAGGACAAGGGGACCCUCCUGAAGAGGAAGUUGUCCGCCUCGGAGGUGGGACCCUCGCUUGUUCACAGCGGAGGCAACAAGCACAAGAAGCAAGGAGAGGCCGUGGCCUGCAGAACUGUUCCAGCCGACCUGGUGGAGGCGACCGACUUCGAGUGCUCGCUCUGUAUGAGACUGUUCUUCGAACCGGUGACCACACCUUGCGGACACACAUUCUGUAGGAGCUGUCUGGAGCGCUGUCUGGACCACACCCCCCAGUGCCCCCUGUGCAAGAAGAGCUUGAAACAGUACCUGGCAUCCAGGAGAUACAAGGUGACGCAGGUUCUGGAUGAGGUCAUCAAGCGUUACCUGCCCACAGAGCACCUGGAGAGAGAGAGCGCCCACGUGGAGGAGACCAAAGAGCUGUCCGACUUGACGAGGAACGUACCCAUCUUCGUGUGCACCAUGGCGUACCCCACGGUGCCUUGCCCGCUGCACGUGUUCGAGCCACGCUACCGCCUCAUGAUCCGCCGCUGCAUGGAGACCGGGACCCGCCAGUUCGGCAUGUGCAUCAGCGACUCCCAGAAAGGCUUCGUGGACUACGGCUGCAUGCUGCAAAUCCGCAGCGUCCACUUCCUGCCGGACGGACGCUCGGUGGUGGACACGGUGGGCGGCCAGCGGUUCCGGGUGCUCUCGCGAGGCAUGAGGGACGGAUACUGUAUCGCCGACAUCGAAUACCUGGAGGACGUCAAGGUGAGGGACAGCAGGGAGCUGGCGAGGCUCCAGGAGCUGCACGACCAGGUGUACGAUCAGGCCCGAACCUGGUUCCAGAACCUCAAGAGCCGCUUCUGCGGGCAGAUCCUUCAGCACUUCGGACCCAUGCCGGAGCGCGAGGCGGACAUUCAGGCGACGCCCAACGGACCGGCCUGCUGCUGGUGGCUCCUGGCCGUGCUGCCAGUGGACCCGCGAUACCAGCUGUCGGUGCUGUCGCUGCUGUCGCUGCGCGAGCGACUGCUCAAGAUCCAGCACAUUCUCACCUACUUGCAGAGCGUGCCCAACGACUAGGCGACACUCGAACCCGAGCGCAACCCACAGCCACCGCUGCCGCAUGGCCUCUGCACAAGCUCUGCUACGCUCUGCUACGCUCAAGAGUGAGGAAAACGUGUGCGAGGUUUGGAGGGGGAGUGCGUAUAUACGUGUGUGUGUGUGUGUGCGUGUGUGCGCGUGUGUGUGCGCGCGUGCGCUACCGCCCACACUCACACACCCCACCCUGCAACCCUCCAACACCGCGGCGCUGGUCCAAACCAAACAGUUCUUACUAAAUUCAUAAGAAGGGGUACAAUUUUUUUCAUUUCCUGUCAUUGAGGAAAUGACACGUCAAAGGCAGCAGGUGGCGCAGCGGUUACAGCUGUCACCUUGCAAUCUGAAAGCACUCGGUUUGAAUCCCAUCUCCUGCUGCUGUAGCAGGGAACGAGGUACUUACCCUGACCCAGUGCAGUAAAAGUUACCCUGUUGUGUCGAUGGGUAAAUCGGUAAAAAUCGCUUUGGAGCAAAGAGUGAAAUGAAUGAUGAGGUGGUGACUUUCAGCAGGUGAGAGUGACGCCGUCCUGCACGCAACUCGCACGUCAGUUUGUGCUCAUGUUUGAAGGUCCGCUCUGGUCCAAGGUGUGUCUGCCGUCGUGUCUCACAGUAAAUUUGCACCCCCCUCCGGGCGUUCUCUGCCGUCGAUGUUUCUCUGCAGGUUGGGCUGUGACCGAACUGUUGCCUUACUCCGCUCUUACCCUGUUCGCGCCCGCUGCUGUCCCAACGAUGCAGCCGCGUUGGCCCUCUGCGUGUGUACAUAUGUAAUAACGGAGCUCGUUGUAUGUAAAUCAUUUGUACAUUUUUUGGGAAGAUUCUUGUUGCUCUUUGCUUGAAUAUUUAUCAGUUUUAAAUAAUAAAAUAAAAGCACACCUGUUUGUACCACGCCUGUCUGCGCCCCCCUGUGGACAGUGACUCUGGAUUGGGGACGUGCUUCCUUUCUCUGCCUGCAGGUGGCGCUCCUCUACGGAGGGAAUGGCUACUCAAUGGAAGCAGAAGGCCACACUCCUCAGCGAGACCUCACACUCACUCACUCACUCACUCACUCACUCUCUCUCACUCACUCAAACCUGCCUGCUGUUGGUCAUCAUGACAUGCAAGUUAGGCAGUCAUACCCUCCUCAACACUGCCAGCACCGGGUGCG